AUGUUCACUCUAAAAGUCCAUGCUGACGUGGACGCAAACUCCCAGACCAGUACCGCUGCUGCCGUCACCUCUUACAGCGACGCGGUUCGUCGUGCUACUAACGGGGCCUCGCUUAACGCUGCUAGUAGCACCUCGCCGGCGUCAGAUGCGGAGAAGCUGACACGUGGCCAACGGCCAGGGGAACUCGAAGGUGAAAUCCGCGAAGCUGAGGACCGCGGGGCGGGUGACAACGCGCGAAGUGACAAUAACGAGAGCAUCCCGUUCUCGUCCGGCAAUCCCAAGGUGGAAUCGACACGCGGCGUGAUUCACCUCUACCGCAACACCGCGGAAAGCCCCGGCUCGCUGCAGAACCUGCCGGUAGGAGCUGUUGGGCGCCCACAUGUGCUGUUUGCGAUUUCCCAUGCCUCCUCUUCUCUCCCAUCCACGCCACGGCGCCACGCCAUGCGCCCUCGCUCACCAGCCCGACAGGGGCGUGGAGCCCCCGACAGGGGCAUGGAGCUGUGUGUGCUGGCGGUGCCCACGUACAUGACAGGCGCCGACUUCUGCCAGUUCACUGGCGCACUGCUGGGGGCUAUCGAGAGCAUGCGCAUCGUCAGGAACGACAGCCUAUCAGAGCGCUACAUGGUGCUCAUGCGAAUGAAGUCCCAAGAGGCGGCGGAUGGCUUUUUCCGGCAGUUCAACAACAAACCAUUUUCCUCCAUGGAGAGCGAGUUGUGUCGGGUGCUGUUCACGAAGCAGGUGCUGGUGACGGGGUCGCAGAAGGAGGCAGCCACGCCCCCCGCGGGCCUCACAGAGCUGCCCUCCUGCCCCGUGUGCCUCGAGCGCUUGGAUCGGCACAUCAGCGGCAUUCUCACCACCGUGUGCAACCACUCCUUCCACUCCUCCUGCAUCUCCAAAUGGACCGACUCCUCCUGCCCUGUGUGUCGGUACUGCCAGCAGCCGGCAGACAAGUCGCAGUGUGCAGUGUGCGGUUCACACGACAGCCUCUGGAUUUGCCUCAUCUGCGGCUUCGUGGGGUGUGGCCGAUAUCAAGGGGGCCACGCAGAGUCGCACUUCCGCACGUCGCAGCACUGCUACUCGCUGGAGGUGGCGUCACAGCGCGUUUGGGACUACGUGGGCGACGCCUUCGUGCACCGCCUCGUGCUCUCCAAGACCGACGGCAAACUCCUUGCACACACCCAUGAGUGCCCAUUUUGUUCUCGCUUCUCCUUCUUCUCCUCCCACAUCUCCCUUGCACCCUCCGCUCUCACAUCUUCUUCCCGUCCUGGUGGCUUGUGGGUGGCCUAUGAGUACACGCACCUGCUCACCACGCAGUUGGACUCACAACGACUGUACUUUGAGGGGCUGUUAGCAGCAGCCAAGGCCGAGAGGGACGAGGCGGUGGCAGCAGCAGAGGCGGCGAGGGAGAGUGUGAAGGUGCAGAAGCUGCAGUCCCGGCUGGAGCGCGCCGAGCAGGAGAAGGAGUUUCUGAAGCAGGUGAACGACUCGCUAAUUAAGAACCAGAAGCAGUGGCAGGAGAAGUUCAAGCAGCAGGAGGAGAGGGUGAAGGCGGCAGUGGCUGCACGGGACGAGAAGAUCAAAGACCUGGAGGAGCAGGUGCGGGAUCUGAUGGUGUUCAUAGAGGCGCAGAAGAUCGUGGAGCGAGAGGGAGGAGCAGGAACAGCAGAGGGCAUCAGGGAGGGCACUGUGCUGGCUGUGGGGGGGGCGCCUACUGCCGGGGAGAGAGGGGCAGGCAAGGCGCGGGGGCGGCACGGGAAGAGAAGAUGA